AUGCGUCAUCGUCUCGGCCGGCCGAGAAGGCAAUGUGUGCUUGUGCAUGGCAUUCGGUACCGACAGGCUGAGGCUGGAGCAGAAAUCUAUCACGACAACACUGCAACCGAGAUGAAUGGAUGCGCUUUUGUCGGUGCCCCCUCUGCCGAAGAGGUGGCCAGUUGUUCCCCUCCGUCCAGCAGCGUGAUUUACAAUGAGCACUUUUGCUUACGCCAAUACCCUCGCCACAAUCUGGUAUCCAAGUUGGGCCGAACUCGUGCAGACGAAUAA